CUGUUAUUUCCUCUCGCUUUUACCUGUCUCUCUCGUUCUCGCACGGGGAUAGAAUCAACUCUGCUCGAGAUUUUAGUAGGAGGCAAGCUCGAUUGCUUGCAAUUAGAUCCAUGGAUGAAGAAGAACUCACACUUUCUCGCGCGUUUUUAGCUCAAGGAGAUUUUUGAAGAAGUGGUCGUUUUCGAAUUGUCAACUUCAGAAGAAGAAUCAACUUUGGUUUUUUCUUUUCCCUUCUCUGUAUAGCUUUGAGGAGGCGCUUCUUCAACUGGAACAGGCUGGUGUGCUUUUUUUUUUAUCUCUUUUGGUAUUUUUGAAAUGCUUCAUGAGACGUUGUUUCUCUUCUUUAUCUUUUUGACGAAUAUUGCUAAAUUUGGUAAUCUUGCUAUAUAAGGGUUCAUGGGAGUGAUGAUUUUGGGACACUGUUACUUUUCGUAUUUUAGGUUAUAGUUAUGAUUGAAAGUUUGAAUUUUGUUUCCUUGGCUGUGAAAGAAUCCGGGAACCAAACUGUGGUACUAUCCCUUUUUGUGUUUCCAAAACUUUCUCAUUCAUUUACUAUCAAAUUUCGACACUUUCUUACCAGACUCUCUUGCAUUGAUGUAUCCAAGUGGGUUUUCAUCUAGGAUCCUAUGUUUCAUAACAAUGAGGUAUUUGCUUGUACAUUUGCAGUGAGUUUGAAGGAUUAAGAUGGUUGGAAGCUCGGAUGGUGACCAGUCAGAUGAUAGCUCUCAUUUUGAGCGAGGAGUAGAUCAUAUCUAUGAAGCAUUCAUCUGCCCAUUGACAAAGGAGGUUAUGCAUGAUCCUGUCACUUUAGAGAAUGGUCGAACAUUCGAGCGUGAAGCCAUUGAGAAAUGGUUCAAGGAGUGUCGGGACAGUGGGAGACCUCCUUCUUGCCCUUUGACAUCUCAGGAGCUGACUAGCACUGAUGUAAGCGCCAGCAUAGCUCUGCGUAACACUAUCGAAGAGUGGAGAUCCAGGAAUGAUGCUGCCAAGCUUGACAUUGCUCGUCAGUCACUGUUUUUAGGGAAUGCUGAGACAGAUAUUUUGCAAGCUUUGAUGCAUGUGCGACAGAUUUGCAGGACCAUCCGAUCAAAUAGGCAUGGUGUACGCAACUCUCAGCUUAUCCAUAUGAUCAUCGACAUGUUAAAAAGUACUAGCCAUAGAGUGCGGUAUAAGGCUCUACAAACUCUGCAAGUUGUCGUUGAAGGAGAUGAUGAGAGCAAGGCGAUAGUAGCUGAAGGGGACACUGUGCGUACACUAGUUAAGUUCUUAUCACAUGAGCCAUCAAAGGGGAGGGAGGCAGCUGUUUCCUUGCUGUUUGAGCUCUCUAAAUCAGAAGCUUUGUGCGAGAAGAUUGGUUCCAUUCAUGGAGCACUAAUAUUAUUGGUUGGUCUGACAAGCAGCAACUCAGAAAAUGUUUCAAUUGUUGAGAAAGCUGAUAGAACCUUGGAAAAUAUGGAGAGGUCAGAGGAAAUUGUUAGGCAGAUGGCUUCAUAUGGUAGACUCCAGCCUCUUCUAGGCAAACUCCUUGAAGGUUCACCUGAAACAAAACUCUCUAUGGCUUCCUUUCUCGGGGAGCUUCCCUUAAAUAACGAUGUGAAGGUUCUUGUGGCUCAGACUGUGGGUUCUUCUCUUGUCGAUCUUAUGAGAAGUGGUGACAUGCCCCAACGGGAAGCUGCCUUGAAAGCUCUUAACAAAAUCUCAUCGUUCGAAGGGAGUGCUAAGGUCUUGAUCAGCAAAGGAAUUCUCCCCCCACUUAUCAAAGAUCUGUUUUAUGUGGGGCCAAACAACCUUCCAAUUCGGUUGAAAGAAGUCUCUGCCACUAUUCUUGCUAACAUAGUGAACAUCGGGUAUGACUUUGACAAAGCCACUCUUGUUUCAGAGAACAGAGUGGAGAAUCUGCUCCAUCUAAUUAGCAACACAGGUCCAGCGAUCCAGUGCAAGCUGUUGGAGGUUCUUGUUGGACUCACCAGUUGCCCAAAAACAGUUCCAAAAGUUGUUUAUGCAAUUAAAACCUCCGGUGCAAUCAUCAGUUUGGUUCAGUUUAUAGAGGUCCGAGAGAAUGAUGAUUUGCGGUUGGCUUCCAUAAAGCUUCUUCAUAACCUUUCCCCAUUCAUGAGUGAAGAACUAGCUAAGGCCUUAUGUGGCACUGCUGGACAACUCGGAAGCCUUGUUGCUAUCAUUUCAGAAAAGACACCAAUCACUGAAGAACAGGCUGCUGCUGCUGGGCUCUUAGCUGAAUUGCCAGAUAGGGAUUUGGGUCUUACUCAGGAAAUGUUAGAAGUUGGUGCUUUUGAAAAAAUCAUAUCCAAAGUGUUUGGAAUCCGCCAAGGGGAUAUCAAGGGAAUGAGGUUUGUGAAUCCUUUUCUGGAAGGACUUGUGCGUAUACUUGCUAGGAUUACUUUUGUUUUCAACAAAGAGGCUCGGGCCAUUAACUUUUGCCGUGAGCACGAUGUUGCGUCACUCUUCCUUCAUCUGCUCCAAUCCAACGGGCAAGAUAACAUACAGAUGGUGUCCGCCAUGGCUUUAGAGAAUCUUUCACUAGAGUCUAUAAAGCUGACACGGAUGCCUGAUCCGCCUCCUGUGAACUACUGUGGCUCGAUCUUUUCGUGUGUGAGAAAACCACACGUUGUAAACGGGCUGUGCAAGAUCCACCAGGGAAUAUGUUCAUUAAGAGAAACAUUUUGCCUUGUCGAAGGAGGAGCUGUGGAGAAAUUAGUGGCUCUAUUAGACCAUGAAAAUGUGAAAGUGGUUGAGGCCGCACUUGCAGCUCUAUCGAGCUUACUAGAAGACGGGUUAGAUGUAGAGAAAGGGGUCAAGAUACUCGAUGAAGCGGAUGGGAUACGGCAUAUACUAAACGUUCUGAGGGAGAACCGAACAGAGAGGCUGACAAGGAGAGCGGUUUGGAUGGUGGAAAGGAUCUUGCGGAUUGAAGACAUAGCAAGAGAGGUGGCAGAGGAACAGAGCCUGAGCGCUGCACUUGUGGACGCUUUCCAAAACGCUGAUUUUAGAACGAGACAGAUCGCUGAGAACGCGUUGAAACACAUUGAUAAGAUCCCAAACUUCUCAAGUAUAUUCCCAAACAUCGCAUAGGGAAAAUCUCUUUGAAACUGUCCAGUGAGUUAUAGUGAUUUUAAAACUGUGGUUUUUGUUUUGAUGGGAUUACUUGUUAAUAGGCAUCCAGUUUUUUUCUGGGUAUAUAUUGUAAAUUCCGAUUCUUAUUUGUUUAUAAAUCCUACGUUGGAAAUCGAAAUCAUUUGAUUGGCCUCAGAUUAAAAAGGCUUAUGUGUGUUGCGGAGGGAG